ACACGCACACACGCACACACACACACACACACACACACACACACACACACACACACACACACACACACACACACACACACACACACACACACAGAGUCUUUGUCCAGUCCACUUUCCCGACCAGCGGAGCAGGUCAGAUGUCCGUCCCUGUCUCUAUGUAAACAUCUUCUUCAUGUGCUGCAGGUGUGAAACCUGGUCUGGCCUCGGGGGUGUUGCUGAGCACCCAGGGCUGUGGAAACCAGGACGGUUAUUAGGGUGAACUAUUCUUCUCUUUGUCUCCUUUUGUGCCUCAGCCUCGUUUCCUGAGCUCACUUUACUUUUGUGUGCGUGGCUGUUUGGAUUCUUCAUAAUAAAAGCUGUCCCACAGACGGGCAGGACGUGUCUCUGAUUCCUCGGGUGGUUCGGUGAUGGGAGGGCGGAGGUUUUCCCAGACGUCCUGUGAUGGAAGCUGGACUCAGACCUGGCCGGCUGCCGGCUGCUUUGUGUCUGGACCAGUUUCCUCUAGUGUCCUGUAUCCUUUCAGUUUUACUGACACAUGAUUUGCUGCACAGUUGACACAACAAUGAGGCAAUCAUUUGCAUUCAUGCUAAAGGCAUGUUUGUUGUUUGACUUGAUUAAAACUAUAAAACUUUUAUUACCCUGGUUUUGCUACGUUCACAGUAUAAGAAUAAACUCUUCUCACUUUAGUAUACACCUCCACUAGCACUGUUUAUUUAACUACAUGUAUUAAUAACCAGAGUUAAGGAAUGUUCUACAGUAUUUGGCUGGUGAUUAGAUUGAUGACCUGUCAAUGUUUUAACUUUCUGUGUUGAUCCGUGCCUCUUUCAUUUUUUGUUAUUUGUGCAAUUAGUUUUAUUCAUGUUUUUUUUUUAAAUCUCAUGAGGUUUCAUUACCAAAAUCCUUCAUUGUUUAAAAAUCAAAUUAGGCUGCUCAUUGUUCUUUGUUCGGUUGCAUUUCACGGGUUGGAUAACUGCAUUGUUCAACUGACGUGUUUAUUUAGAGGAAGAAAUGACAAAUCAUCGCUUUACAAAUGUAUUUUGUUUCUUUAUUAUUAUUUAUUUUUAAAAUUAUUUAAAACAAGAAAUAUGUGUGAACAGAAGAACCUGAUCCUAGAUUCAGAUUUAAUUAUUUUUCAUUCUGAUAAAAAUGGAUCUAAUGUCAAAGAUUAAUUGUUUCAACACUGAUUCUUUAGGAACCUACUGUACAAAUCUCCACCAGACCUAAUGUCCCAGAGCUCUAAAGAAAGAAGCUAGAUUUCUGGAAGCAUGAAAGAAAAAGAAGGGUGGAUAGUGAUGGACAGAUAAACUUAGAGUUCGUGCCACAUGUGGGCCCAGUUCUUCCUAAAUGUGUCUCCUCCCUCCAUCCCAGCUAUUGUUUGCCAGCCCAUCAGGUGAAACUGAUCUGAAAAGAAAAGUUUUUUUGAACAAGCGGUUUCAUUUAUAAAUGGAUCAAAGUCUCCUUUCACCAACUCAUCUCUCCAAAAAUUCCUCUUGGGUCAAUGCCGCACAAAUCGGACAGUGUGAUGCUGCUGGGACUCCUCAGCUUGUCUUCCCUCUGCUCGGCCAUGCUGUUACCUCUCGACAUGGAGACCGGCUCAGGGGCAGAGGGGGAUCCUUUAGAAUUUCCUGACACAGGCACGUACCGCAGUGGGCCUCUGCCACUUCCCCCCAUAGGAGGACCAAACGGGACCAUCAACCCAGUGACGCCCAUUGUGCCCGAUACCUCAAUCUGUGACCUGCUGGUGAACGCUCCAGUGCCACCGUCCAUUGCCGAGGUUCCAUAUUUCUGUGCCUGUGGGAGGUGUAAGGGCACCGUGGGACCCAAGGGAGAUCGUGGAGAUCGUGGUCCUCCAGGGGAACCUGGGAGUCCUGGCAUGAGAGGAAUGACUGGGUUCACUGGUCGUCCGGGAUUCACAGGCCCUCCAGGAAUAAAGGGUCAGAAGGGAGACUUGGGGGAGAAAGGGCAGCCUGGACCUACUGGUUUCAGUGGAACAAAGGGCGAGCGAGGAUUCAAAGGAGACAAAGGGGACCAAGGACUGCUGGGCCCUCCAGGUCCACAGGGCCCUCAAGGAGAAACCGGCAUGUGCCCUGCAUCAUGUCAAAGUGUUGAGGGUCCAUCAGGUCCACAAGGUCCCCCAGGACCAGCUGGAGCUCGAGGUUUACCUGGGGUAGAGGGACCUAUAGGGGCCAAAGGUCUUAAGGGUGAUAAAGGUGACAUGGGCAAAGCUGGUGACCCUGGACUAAAUGGACAGAAGGGUGACCAAGGUGAGCGAGGUCUAUGUACAUGCACUGAUGGUGCGAAAGGUGCUGACGGUAAACUAGGGGAAAAGGGUGCUAAAGGAGACAAAGGUGACACAGGUGCCCAAGGGGUACAGGGGGCAACUGGGCUAAAAGGCAGCCAAGGCGAUCUAGGUCCCGUUGGACAACCUGGCCCCUGCUCCCCAGCUAUCCAGUCUGCAUUCUCUGCAUCUAUUGUACAGCCAUUUCCUCCUGAAAACCAGCCCGUUAUUUUCCCAAAUGUCUUCACCAACAUUCAAGGCCAUUACAAUCCAAACACCGGAAUCUACACAGCACCUGUCAAUGGCACCUAUGUCUUCAGCUUCCACCUGGCUGUUGCCUCCAGGCCACUUAAGGUCGGCCUCUUCAAAAACCUCUUCCCUAUAGUCAGAGCAACAGAAGGAAACAACCAAGCCACUUCCAGCCAAACCGUUGUCCUUCACCUCGCUACCUUUGACCAAGUGUGGCUGCAGGUGAAGAAUUCACUCACCAAUGGUAUUUUUGCUGACAGUGAGAGUACCAGCUUAUUUUCUGGCUACCUGCUGUAUCCGGACUCCUGUGAUUUUAUAGCAGGGCGCGAUUUUGGAGUCCCGCAGGUGUAUAAAUAUGAAGAAUUUAGCUGGAAUGGUCCUCCGGGCUCGGAUGAACCUCCAUUUACCACAAAAGCACCUCCUGAACACAAUACAGCUUCAAAUGGAGAUUAUAACUGGGAGGGCCCUGACAAGACGGACACAACAACACCACCCCCUCCACCUACUGCAGCCAUAGGAGAGCCUAAAGAACCUGCAACAGAACCCCCUCAACAAACCACAGCCAUAGAAGAACCUGCAACAGAACCCUCUCAACAAACCACAGACAUAGAUGAACCUGCAGCAGAAACGCCUCCAAAUACCAUAGCCAUAGAAGAACCUGCAGCAGAACCUCCUCUACAUACCACAGGCAUAGAAGAACCUGCAACAGAACCGCCUCCACAUACCACAGCCAUAGAAGAGCCUAAGGAACCUGCAACAGAACCGCCUCCACAUACCAAAGCCAUAGAAGAACCUGCAACAGAACCGCCUCCACAUACCAAAGCCAUAGAAGAACCUGCAACAGAACCGCCUCCACAUACUACAGCCAUAGAAGAGCCUGAAGAACCUGCAACAGAACCGCCUCCAAAUACCACAGCUAUAGAAGAACCUGAAGAACCUGUAACAGAACCCCCUCCACAAGCCACAGACAUAGAGGAAUCUGAAGAACCUGCAGCAGAAACUCCUACACAUACCACAGUCAUAGAAGAUCCUAAAGAACCUGCAACAGAACCGCCUCCAAAUACCACAGCCAUAGAAGAACCUGCAGCAGAACCUCCUCUACAUACCACAGUCAUAGAAAAACCUGAAGAACCUGCAACAGAACCGCCUCCACAUACCACAGCCAUAGAAGAACCUAAGUAAACUGAAGAACCUAAAGAACUCACAACAGAACCUUCUCCCCACUCCUCAAUGGUAGAAGGACCUGUUGCGUCGAUCCACUCCAGGUUUCAAGGGGGGGUAUUCUACAAGCAGGACAAAAGGAAGCGGGUCAGUGUGUGGAUGCUUCUAGUCAGUAGUUUCUCUUUCAUGAGCGUUUCAUGAGAGUAAAAGAAAAUCAACGUGAUCCAGAACCUAAAGGGAAGAUGCCCCUCCUUUAGAUGAACUCAGCACAGCUAUAGGCACGUUCCAGCUUGACUCCUAUGUUUGAUCGUGCAUUCGUGCUCUGAACUGCUUUAAGGCUAAAAGGUUUAAUGUUUAAAACAUUACACUGUUUUCAACUUGCUGCAGCUUUGAUUUAGAGAUUUUGUCCUUUUUCUUUCUCAAUAAACAGAAGGUUAAACAUCAUAGAAGCUAAAUUGCUGCAGUUAAUACCGCUCUCAGAAGUAAUUCAUAGUUUACUCACUUCUGCAUUGGUCUCUGAUGCAUCCUUGCAUUACAUAGAAUCAGUUGAGGUGACCAGUUUGCUGUCACCUCUGAAUUGUGGUUUUUAUCUCAGAAUAAAGAUUAACCUUCUCUGA